UCAGCUGGAGCGUGGACCUGGGAUGGCGUGGAGUACAGUGGGAGCGACGACGCGGCCAAACUUUGCAGAGCGGGCUGCAGAAGUCAUGUUCUUCCAAUAUCCGACGCGCGAAGCAACAUGUGGAUCGCAAGCUGCGGGAGUUCUGUCUUUUUAAAGUGGAUCCACGCGUGGGAGAUAAAAAGUUACUGUCGUCCGACUGGGAUGCAUUGCUUGAAAGUGCAGAUACAGACGAGUGCAUGAGGAGGACAUGGACCAUGUAGCCUUGCGUUGGCUUUUCACAUUCUAACACAAUGCAUUCCCCUCGCGGCAAGGAGCUGGCGCUGUUAUCCAGGAAGCACCGACUCAUGGCAGCGGCGAUGCCCGGCGAGGACAGCCUUUUGCCGGGCAACACUUCCAGGACGGACCGCAACGGCCUGGGCGCACUGGUGCAUUGUUUUAUAUGUGGCAGCGGCGUGACGGCGGGGAAAGAGCUGCGGCUACAAGUGAGCUACCAAAAGGAGACACUGCCGUUUUUCCCCUUCCUCCAGAACCAGGAGCCAGCCCCGGGUGCGAGCGAGCUCAGCCCGGAUGGUUACGCGCGGGUGUGCGCCGUGUGUCACUGCUUCCUGGCCGAGCAGUGGAACUCCUUCGAGCGGAGCGGGACGCCCAUCGAGAAGCGCAUGUAUUGGCUCAAACGUCCCUACCAGUGCGACUCUCGCCGGGUCCCGCAGGAAUGGAACAUCUCCUACGAGCUGGAGCGGAGGAUCAGCACCGGGAGCCACAAUUACGACGGCGGCGCGGAGUCCGACUUCUCCUCCUUUUCCGAUAACAUGUCCGACCAGGAGAUGGAGGUGGUGGAGAGAGGCGCUGCGGGCAAGUAUCCGAGGGCACCCGGGAAGUUGCCGAGGGACAGUAGCAGGAAGAACAGCGUUAAAAACAGCCCCGGUUCGCCGAGGACGCUCCCCCGCUUCUCGGCGGGGCUUUACGCAGCGCAGGGGUCACCCGAACCGGAGAGCGUCCCUCCUACAAGACGGGCCGCUAAAUCAUCAUAUCAUUUGUCCAAGUUCCAGGGGAGGACCUAUGACAGCCAUUUCCCCGACACACCUGUGCCAGACAACCUGGUCGUGACGCGGAACAGGUUGUGGCUGCAGGAGGUGGGGAGUGGGACAAUGCGUCCAUCCACUCUCCACUCCAAAGGUAACAGAGAUGUCCACAACUCUGAUGAAGAUGAGAUUAACAUCACCGGCAGGGACAUGCUUGGCGGUAUAAACGGCAAAGGGUCUGCCGGGGACCUUUUGACCCUAAAGUUUGCUCAGCCGCACAAUUCCGCAGAAGGACGUACUUGCUUCAUCUGUGGGAAUUCUUUCAUUCGGAACGGGAGUUAUAAAGUCAGUGUUCAGAAGCAGGAGACUGAGCAGGGGGAGCCUUUCUUCCCCUUUCUGUGGCUCCAUGCCCCCCCACCAGGGGCCUUACCCAUCAGCCCGGCAGGUGCCACCCUGGUGUGUGGCAGCUGUCACGCCUCCCUCAUGCAGCAGUGGCACGACUUCCAACAGGCGGAUGUUCCUGUGCUCCAACGCCUCUACGUUGUCCCGCUCAACCCGGCUGCAAUCCGGCAUACUGCCCUGCCGGAGAAACCGACGGAGAGCGCCGACGAGGGUCCCCGCGAGGCCUGUUUCCUCUGCGGGCGGGAGUGUCAGGGUGAUCAAAAAGUAGUGCAUGCUCAGGCCGGUGUGGGUAAAUCCCGCGCUGUGAUGUAUUUCCCCUUCAUCAACAUGCUUCCGUGCCCGCCCAACGCCCGGCCGCUGAGGAACGGGUGCGUACACAGCUGUUCGCAAUGCUUUUUAAUCCUGGAGGACAUCUGGAGCGCAUAUCGCCUCAGUCUCACCGAGGACCUCAUCACCUCCAUCAGCUCCUUCCUGGUCAGGUACCAUUCCGUCAACGCCAUCGAAGCGUUCGGAUCUGUUCGUUCCCAUAGUGGCGCUUCUUCGGAUAACUCCUUGUCUGUUUGCUACCUUUGUGGAGCGGAGUUACCCGCCGGAGGAGAGCACCAGCUCCACGUCAACCCAACCAAACGCUGCGGCGAGAAGGAGCCCUUCUUCCCUUUCCUCACAGUCCACCCUCCCGCCCCCAGCGCCAAGCCGGUUGACGCCACAGGCCUGGUGUCAGCCUGCAGCCUCUGCUACCAUGACCUAUACGCUCAGUGGGACCAGCAUGAAAGAAAGGGCCCAGGUGGCGCCACACCCUCCCUGCCCUCCACCUCUGGCUCCUCCAGCUCACCUUGGGCCCGCCAGUACACCUGUGAGGCAUUUGUGUGCUUCUUCUGCAGGCAGGAGCAGCGCAGGCAAGGGCAGAUGUGCAGGGUCACUGUGGCCAGGCUGCCGGUCUUCCUGUACGCACCACGCAGCACUCGCACACUCGUGGUGGAUGACGGGAGGACGCUGGUGGUGGGCUCAUGUGUGGAUUGUAAGGCCAUGGUGCAGGUGGGACACAGCGCGGAAGACACGGAGAGGCUGCGACAUCUGGCUUCAGAUGGGGAACUGCAAACCACCUCGCCAGAGUCUGCAAGACAGCCCUGCAUUGUGACAAAGGGGCCAACACGAGCCGACGAGGAGGCCAACCUAAAGACCUCUCCACCUGCAGAGGAACACACUCCUUCUCGCCCUGCCGCCUCUGAGUCAGAGAUAGUGGAACGAAUCGACCGCCCAUGUUCCAGCAUGAGCCAUGAGCCAAAGUCACCAUCCUUAGGAAUGAUCUCCACGGCAACCCGUACAACGGCGACUGUCAGCCCCCUCACCCAGUCGCCUCUUAACGGCUCCAUCGUAGCCAAUGGAAGCCCGGCUGCACAGUCGGCUCACUCUGGAUUUGCCGCAGCCCUCCGAAAACUGGCAAAACAGGCAGAAGAACCACGAGCCGCCUCCUCCAUCAGCAGUGAAUCCUCCCCAGUGUCAUCGCCAGCGACCAAUCACAGCUCUCCAGUCAGUACGCCCAAGAGGGGUCCUCUCGGUCCAGGGCCUGUUCUGGUUCCCCCAGCAGGCCACAGCGUGCCAAACACUCCGCCUGUUGUCACCAUUGCGCCAACCAAGACUAGCAACGGCCUCUGGAGGAGCGAGGGACGGCAGGCUGAUUCAGGGCCUCGUGGGGCCAGCAGGGAACGCCUGGGUGCAGAGGGGACCCUCCCCCAGGAAAAAGGCGGUCCUUCAGUUCCUGCUCACCUCCUGGGAAACCCAUAUGCCUUUGGUUUAACCCCCGGUGCUGUAAUGCAGGAUUCUCGUUUUCAGCCGCUCAACUUGCCGAGACAGUUGCCUAAUGCAGUGCCGCCUGGUCCUAUACCAGAAGAAUACCUACGUGGUUUCAGACCCUACGCAACAACUGAGGAUGCCCUCCGUGUGCCCUCUUUGCCCUUGGGCCUGGAUCCCGCCACAGCAGCUGCUGCAGCUGCAUACUAUCACCCUAGCUACCUGCCACACCCCUCCUUCACCCCAUACAGGAUGGAUGACCCAUUCUGCCUCUCUGCUUUGAGGUCACCUUUCUAUCAACUUCCAGCAGGGGGAGCAUUACCCCCCAUGCAUCCAACUGCAGUCCAUAUGCAUCUGUCAGGCGUGCGCUAUCCCGGAGACUUCACGCACCCUUCACUUUCUGCACUGCAGUCCGAGAGGCUUCAGCUGGAGGAUGAGCUGCGGCAGCGAGAGAGGGAGCGGGAACGCGAGCGGGAAAAGGAGCGGGAGCGGGAGGCGGAAAGAGAGAAAGAACGGGAGCGAGAGAGAGAGCGGGAGCUUGAGAGAGAGCGAGAACGGGAGCGAGAAAGGGAGAGGGAGCGGGAGCGGGAAAGAGAGCGCGAAAGAGAGCGGGAGAAGGAGAGAGAAAGAGAAAAAGAACUUGAGAGGCAAAAGGAGAGAGCAAUGAGGGAGAAAGAGCUGCAAGCGUCCAAAGCUUUGGAGAGCCACUACCUGGUUGAGCUCCAUGGCAUGAGGGGGCAGGAAGACAGAGCCAAGCCAGAGAGACUCACCCCUAAUCGGGCUGAUAAAACCAAAGAGCCCCUGCUUCCAGCACCCAAACCAGUCCCACCAGGACUCCACCCUGCAAUGGGACAAUCACAUCACACGGUUCCCAGUCUGAUCUCAGGGCACGGGCUCUUCAUGGGGCCCACCAGUGCUGUGGGAACCGGUCUCCCGACCACCUUAAUCACUCCCAGGAACAACGAGGAGGAGAGGUGGUUGGCAAGGCAACGCAAGCUGCGGCAAGAGAAAGCUGAUCGUCAGUACCAGGUGUCUGAAUUCCGCCAGCAGGUUCUGGAGCAGCAUCUGGACUUGGGACGGCCCGCUGACGCACCAGAACACAGACCAAAUAACCAUGAACCAGGAAGCAGAGAACUCCACUCCCACUUAGGUGCCCCUCCGCCCCUUAUAUCCCCCAAACCCUCCCAGCCAAUGCGGGAACACCACCCUCCACUUCCCACAACUUUGUGGAACCCUGCGUCUCUUAUAGAAACGUCCACCGAGUCCAGACAGAACCACGAUCCCUCAGGAAUGGGACACUAUGAGCUCAGCCGGCUGCCCCCCAGCCACUCCAAGUACGACGAUGUAGCCAGGCGGAGAGACGGCGGAGGAAUGGAAAAGUAUCUCCAACUGAGGGGACCUCCGGGUCUGCCGGAGCCAAGCACAUUCCUUGCUGAUCUGGAGAAGUCCACUCGCUCUUUCUUCAGCCAACAGAGGGGGUCCAUGUCCCUCACCAGCCAGUACGAGCUGGAGGGAGCCGUCAAAAGCAACGCCGGACAGAAAAGUUUCCAUGGGCACGGUCGACAAGCACAAGGGGUUGGGACGGUCUCUGGUUCAGCCCUGGGACAGGUAGCCACACUGGGAAUGAUGCCAGACACAAUGCUGAUCUAUGACGAGAUUCUUCAGCAACACAGAAGGCCCGUCAGCAAACUGGACUUGGAAGAGAAGCGGAAGAGGGAAGCCAAGGAAAAAGGUUACUACUAUGAGCUGGAUGACUCAUACGAUGAAAGUGAUGAGGAAGAGGUGAGGGCACAUCUCAGAAGGGUUGCAGAGCAGCCACCACUUAAACUUGAUGACGCCACAGAGAAAUUGGACUUCUUGGGAAUGUUCAACCUGACCACUGUGGGCCAGCGGGACGAGCUGGUACAGCAGAAGAGAAGAAAGCGACGAAGGAUGCUCAGGGAGCGGAGCCCCUCACCAGCUGCCUCGCAGUCCAAACGCACUCCUCCACCUGCUCCUCCCCCGCAACUCAGCACGCCCUUCACCCCCGAGGAGAUGGACCGGGCGCCAGAGCUGGAGGAAAAGAAGCGCUUUCUUACCAUGUUCAGACUUUCCCAUGUCACCAUUCAGCAGAGAAGAGAUAAUGAAAGGGUAGUGGAGCUCCUCCAAGCCAUUAAAGAGAAGAGCGUAACCUUGGAUACCAUCAGACAUGCCCCUCAGCCUCCGUGUAAGAGCCCUGCAUCACAGCUCCUUGAUUCAGCAUGUUCCCAUCCCGCCUCUGAGUCAGAAGACCACAACGGUGUCAGCCCGCACAGCCCCACCUCACAUUGCCCCUCGUCCCCUAAUGGCCAUCCAAAAUCCCUCGGGGACACGCUAAGACCAAAGGAUCCUCCCUCCCCAGCUGUCCAUCCAGACAAGGGCCGGGGGCCCGGCGAAGGGCCAAUCUCCAAGAGGAGUUCCAGCCUGCUAAACAGCUUGCGGCCUCCCAUGCCUCUACAGGCUAAAGAGGUUCACAGCGUGAACGGUCGCACCAAACCCUGGGACAGCUUCACCCCGGAAGAAUUUGCCCAUCAGUUCCACGAAUCUGUGCUGCAGUCCACCCAGAAGGCGCUGCAGAAACACAAAGGCGGGGCCGUAGGGAUGUCCGAGUCCUCCCCCCUGCAGGAGUCCUCUGUCCAUUACAACAUUCCUGAGCUCCAGAUCGCCCCCAGCAGGCCGCAUUCCCACUCGCACUUGACAAGCACGCAUCCGCACGCUCACCCUCAGCCCAACGGGCAGCACUUCUCCACAGCGCCGCACCGCGACGCCUCAGGGACGAGGGAGGACCUUUCGGCCUCCGAGGAAGAGGAGGACCAAGAGGAGGAGGAAGAGGAGGUGCCAGCUUCCAAGUGGCAAGGGAUUGAAUCCAUAUUUGAAGCUUAUCAGGAAUAUGUUGAAGAACAAAGUCUGGAGCGACAAGUGUUGCAGAGCCAAUGUCGACGACUGGAAGCUCAAAACUACAACCUCAGUCUCACUGCUGAACAACUGUCUCACACCAUGGGGGAGCUGAUGUCCCAAAGGCAGAUGCUGGCGCUGGAAAGGGAGAAGCUGCAAGCGGAGCUGGAACACUUCAGGAAGUGUUUAACUCUGCCACAGACACACUGGCCCAGAGGUGGGCAUUACAAGGGUUACCCCCCCAGGUGACAGCACCCGUCCAGGAAAGCCCCGCCCCCUGUCCCCAGCUGCUUUUGUCAGACUGAUAGUAGAUCCAUCAUCCCCGCUUGGGCGCCAAGCAGGCUGGAUAAAAAGUGAAGGAAGCCAACGUGUGCCAGGGCUGCACACACUCUCACACCUGCUUUUCCUUCAGCCGCCACCCAGACACAGACAAUCCUGCCAAUGACGGAGCAACCCCAAUCCCUUGGAGAAGACCUCUCCAAAUAAAGUCCAUGAGAAGGCGCCACGGCCGGCCGGGCAGUGAAGUCGGCCGUGAGAGCGUUAGAAGUGGACGUGCACUUAAGACUAUCUGGAGAACUACCUGGUGGUACUGUGUUACAACAAAGACGUCUUUGAAUUUGGGCAGAAAUGUUCAUUUUGAAAAGAAUUAAGUAAAUGUUUUAUUUCAAAAUAGAAAAUUUGAGAAAUUUUAAAAAGGUGCUUCGGCCUUAUAUUGUAUAUAAUAUGAAGACUUAAAAGAUUUUUGUAUGUUUAUUAUUUUAAUCAUUGUUCUUUUAAAAGAGAGAAAAAAAGCCUGCCAUUUUUUUUAUAUGUCAAUGCUUUUUUGGGCAAUUUGUUUGGAAAAGAAAGCCUUGCUUUUAGUGUUUGUACUGCUGCUGGCCAGAACAGCUCAUUCUAACAGAAAACAGGAUCUCAUUAACUUUUUAUUCACAGCAAAGUAUGUCCGUGCCGCUGACUUGACAGUUUGUUUUUUUACUUGCCUUUUUUUUUUUUGUUUGUUUCAAAAACAUGAAGUAAAGCCACCAGCUUAAUUUCCUGAAGACUCCUCAUCUCAUAUAGCAUUAAGUGACAAGCCUCCGCCUUUUCUCCACCACCAUGAAGGGCCCAGUGCCAAUUGCAUUUGAAAUGAUUUAGCCAAAACAAAACACAGGGCCACAAUAGGAAUAAGCUAAAAGCCUAAAAAUGCCAGUCAUGCUACAUUCAAUUGAACAAUCACUUGCCAAAUUGUGACAAAAUUGACAACUUCCUCGCCGACUUGAACACUUUCCAUCAACUUGCGAGAAUUUCAAUACUUCAAUUUAGGAAAUGCGCAGACAUUAUCAGUCGAUGAAUAAGUGCCUCCUUUCUUUUCAGUCAGUGAUCGAACUUGCAUGGAGCUCAACUCUUUCUCAUUCAUGUCAGUUCAGCCAGAACGCUGCAGCCUAUUGGUUGGAAGGCCUGGGUAAACUACAGUAGAAGCCCCGCCCCCCUCUAUAUCACCACCCGCGCAUGGCCACGCAAAAAUAGCACCAGUGGAGGAUGUCUAGAUGCUGUGAAUCCUGUUUUCAGAAAUGUUCGUUUGAACCCAUUGUAAUGUAAUAUAUUCUUUGUUGAAUGUAGUAAUUAGGUAUUUAUGAAUAUAUGGCUGUGAUUUCAGACAAAAAAAGAAAAUAAAAUAUUUCCAAAAUGUC